ACCUAUGGCGACACACUACAGUGAGAUUGACAGAUCACCAAAGACACAACUUGGAUCGACCGCUCACGUUGGAAGAGUUGGGAGAGGCAAUGAGAAGCAUGGCAAGAGGCAAGGCGCCGGGAGACGACGGAUUACCGGUGGAGUUCUUCGAAGCCACCUGGGAACAGGUAGGCCCGAUUUUGGUAAGGCUAUUCAACAGAGUGUUGGAGGGUGGAAAGCUGACUGAGGAUAUGUGCAGAGGAGUUAUUACUCUGAUGUACAAAAAGGGAGACAAGUUGAAUGUACGGAAUUGGAGGCCUAUAACCUUACUAAACGUGGCGUACAAGAUCUUGGCGAAGGCUCUCUCAAGAAGGGUGGGGGAGGUUCUUCCGGACUUAGUCAAGUCGGAUCAGGGAGCGUUUGUGAAGGGGAGGUCGAUUUCAGAGAACAUACUAGUGGCGAUGGGGGCAUUGGAAGUGAUAAGCAAAGAGCGCAGACAAGUUCUGGUGGCUAUGCUUGAUUUAGAAAAGGCUUAUGACCGGGUUAAUUGGUCAUUUGUUUUGGCGACGCUGGAACAUGUGAACUUCGGCAGUUCAUUUCGCAGAUGGGUGGGUAUGAUGUACAGGAGCGCCACUGCAACAGUCACUACUAAUGAAAGGAAAUCUAGGGAGUUUUCGCUUACCCGGUCCCUGCGGCAUGGCUGCCCUUUGGCCCCGCUGCUGUUUGUGGUUCAGAUGGAAGUAGUGAUGAAUGCUGUAAGGGCUGCCCCCCUGAUUAAAGGGUUUCAACUGUACGAAGAAGAGGUCCGGGUGGGAGCUAUCGCAGACGACUUACUCCUGAUCUCGGAAGCAACCCCGGAAUCCAUGGGAGCCGCAAAAGACCUGGUGGAUCAAUACUCUAGCCUAUCGGAGGCUAAAGUAAACUGGGAUAAAUCCGUAUACUUCCUUCCGUCUGAGUUUGAUAUUGAGGAUGACUGGACGAUGAGACGAGCCCCAGUGCAAGAUUCAGAACGGUAUUUAGGAGUACAAGUUUCACUGAAUAAUAACAGGCCGGCACAAGACUCCAUCUUGGUGGCGAAGGCGGAAGCACGGGUGAAAAGUUGCAAAGCUGCCAUGAGACUCUCCCUUAUGGGAAGAGCCAGAGUGGUUACAACAUCAAUAUUUUCCCUUAUCUGGCACAUAGCAGCCGUCAUCCUAAUCUCCAGAACCACACUGCAGAAACUGAGAUCGGUAGCCUCCAAGUAUUUAUGGAAACUGACGGCACUAGAGGAGGAAGGCUUUAUCUGCAAGGUAGCAUGGGAUAAAGUUGCACAGUCCAAGAGAGAUGGAGGCUUAAGCAUCAUUGACCCAGAAAGACAAAAUUUGGCACUACUGGGUAAAUGGUUCCUGAAGAUUAGCUCUCGAGCAGAACUGAGAAACUGGUUGUUGAUAAUGCAGUAUAUUAUGCAACAGGAGUUCCACUUGGCCCGAAAGGAGGAUGUCUGGCUCUGUCUCCAAAUGUCAGCAUUUCUGAAACGCCGCCCCAACUCUGCAAUUGGUGCCUCCUGGUGCACAACAUGGAAGAAGCUGAGGCCCCAGCUCCCAGCGACUCUAGAGUCAAAAGCAGAGAUCUUGAGACAACCAUUAUUCGAAAACUCCCUAAUCACAGAUAUAGGGGGAAGAGAGUUUGAGGUAUCAGGUUCGCCUACAACUUUUUGGCGCAAGUGGAUUGAGAGAGGGGUCUCCAGGGUACAAGAUCUAUGGGAUGACCACAGGAAGGAUUGGAGAACAGAAAGGGAACUUCGUCAGGUAUUGGGGAGGAUGCAGAAUGUGGGUGGUCGCAGGGAUGCAAUCACGGAAGCCAUAUCAAUCGAAUGGAGGGAGAUACUCAGCAGGAAACACCCGAAGAGAAAAGAAGCUUGGUACAAAGAGGAGGGGAUAGGUGCACCCUCCAUGGAGUAUCUCAGGCUGGAGGAGCUAACUGAGCAGGGGAUAUGGACGGCAACUAGGUGGGAGGUAGAGAAGCCGGAUGCAGGGGAGGGCAAGUUACGGCAAAUAGAUACAGAAGGCAACGCAGGGAUUGAUCCUCUCCAGUCGCUGACAGAGGUUAGAGUCUGUUCAAAACCCCAGUCCACUCACGGCCGGAAUUUCAUUCUGAUCCAAGGAGGGGCCGCUAUUUCAGAACUGAGACUGGAUCCUCUAGCUUAAUAUUGGAGACAAGAUGUGCAAGGGCACUACAAAAAGAGGUUUAUCCUAAGCUAUGAUACAAAGC